AUGGCGGAGGGUGGAGAUCUGAGGCUCACAUCAGGAACUUUAAUAAAUUGGUUUGCAAAUUCUGUGGAUAAGGAGGAAGUGAUGAAAAAUGAGGAACAAGCAUCUCCAUCAUCAACAUCAUCACCACCAUCAUCAUUACUACAAUUAGAUAAGAAGUGUGAUCUUUCUAAGGGUGAGUGGGUCUGGAAUCCCGAUGCCCCAUAUUACACAAACACCACUUGCUUAGCCAUUUCAGAUCGGCAGAAUUGUUUGAAGUAUGGUAGACCCAACACCGAUUUCUUGAAAUGGAGGUGGAAGCCCAACGGCUGCGAUCUACCGAUCUUCGACCCGGCCCGCUUCCUGGAACUUGUUAGAGGGAAGUCCAUGGCUUUCGUUGGUGAUUCUGUAGCAAGAAACCAUAUGCAAUCUUUGAUCUGCCUCUUAUCUAAGGUAGAAUAUCCAAUGGACCAUUCAUACACACCUGAUGAUAAAUUCAAAAACUUGCUAUACAACGGCUACAAUUUCACCCUUGCAUCCUUCUGGUCACCCUAUCUAGUAAAAACUGCAGAAGCCAAUUCCACCGACGAUUGGUCCAACCGUAUACUCAAACUCCAUCUUGAUGAAUUCGAUGAGAAAUGGACAGCCCAGAUCGACCGAUUUGACUACGUGAUCAUAUCAGCUGGAAAUUGGUUUUUCCGGCCGCUCAUCUUCUACGAAGGCGGCCGCAUCGUCGGAUGCCACGCCUGUGCACAGAAAAAUAUCACUGAUCUGACCAUGUAUUAUGGCUACCGGAAGGUGCUCCAGACCUCAUUCCGAGCGAUCAACGGCCAUGAUCACUCCGAUCGCAUGAUCAACGGCCAUGAUCACUCUGAUCGGACAGUUUUUCUAAGGACAUUCUCGCCGGGCCACUACGAGAACGGUGAGUGGAAUAAUGGGGGGAAAUGUGGGUGGACCAGGCCACUUAAGAGCCAUGAAACAAAGUUAGAAUGGUCUAAUAAAGAUCUGUACAUGGCCCAGUUGAUGGAAUUUAAAAUAGCAAAGAAGAAAUGGAGGAAUGGAUUGAAAUUUAGAUUGCUUGAUACUACAAAGGCCAUGUUGAUGAGGCCAGAUGGACAUCCUGAUAAGUAUGGACGCCUCCCUGAUGAUCAUGGAUACCAUGAUUGUGUCCACUGGUGCUUGCCGGGCCCGAUCGACGCGUGGAAUGAUUUCUUGCUUCAUAUAAUGAAGAUGGACGGUGGACGAUCUUCUGAUUGAAAUCACAAUCAAAGUUAAGAGAUAUCUGUGAAUCAGAUGGCACAUUGAGAUUUUUUUUGCAGUAGAUUUGGAUUAUCUAUUUUCAAAUGUUGGUGUCCCAUC